CGAGCCGCUAUCGCUGAGUGGCGCUAGGCUGGGAGGGAAGCGCUGAGGGAGCUCGCCACGCCGCAGCCCCGUACCUGCAAACCCGUGCUCGCCGCCGCCCGAACCCCAGUACAAACCAUGGCGUCCGGCAGUGCCAGUGAGGAGGAGCGCAGCCUCCGGGAGUGCGAGCUCUAUGUCCAGAAGCACAAUAUCCAGGCGCUGCUCAAGGAUUCCAUCGUGCAGCUGUGCACCGCGAGGCCCGAGCGGCCCAUGGCCUUCCUACGGGAGUACUUCGAGAGGCUGGAGAAGGAGGAGGCCAAACAGAUUCAGACCCUGCAGAAAGCCAGCACCCGGGCCGACUCUCGGGAAGAUGAAAUCUCUCCUCCUCCUCCCAACCCUGUGGUUAAGGGCCGCAGGCGGCGAGGUGCUAUCAGUGCCGAAGUCUACACGGAGGAAGACGCAGCCUCCUAUGUUCGAAAGGUCAUACCGAAAGAUUACAAGACAAUGGCUGCUUUAGCCAAAGCCAUUGAAAAGAAUGUGCUGUUUUCGCAUCUUGAUGAUAAUGAGAGAAGUGAUAUUUUUGAUGCCAUGUUUCCAGUCUCCUUCAUUGCUGGAGAAACUGUUAUUCAGCAAGGUGAUGAAGGUGAUAAUUUCUAUGUGAUUGACCAAGGAGAGAUGGAUGUCUACGUCAACAACGAAUGGGCCACCAGUGUUGGGGAAGGAGGGAGCUUUGGAGAACUGGCUCUGAUUUACGGUACACCCAGAGCAGCCACGGUCAAAGCAAAGACCAAUGUGAAGUUGUGGGGCAUUGACCGAGACAGCUACAGACGGAUCCUCAUGGGAAGCACUCUGCGCAAGCGGAAGAUGUAUGAGGAGUUCCUUAGCAAAGUGUCCAUUCUGGAAUCUCUGGACAAGUGGGAGCGCCUGACCGUCGCAGAUGCGUUGGAGCCAGUCCAGUUUGAGGACGGACAGAAAAUUGUGGUGCAGGGGGAGCCAGGGGAUGAGUUCUUCAUUAUUUUAGAGGGUUCAGCGGCUGUGCUGCAGCGUCGGUCAGAAAACGAAGAGUUUGUGGAAGUGGGAAGACUGGGGCCCUCGGAUUACUUUGGUGAAAUUGCUCUGCUGAUGAACCGUCCUCGGGCGGCCACGGUGGUGGCACGUGGCCCCUUAAAGUGCGUCAAGCUGGACCGACCGCGAUUCGAGCGUGUUCUGGGCCCCUGCUCCGAUAUCCUCAAGCGGAACAUCCAGCAGUACAACAGUUUCGUGUCACUGUCUGUCUGAAGCCUGUCUCCAUCCGUGCCUCCCUCUCCGCUCCCUGGCCCAGGCUUCCCUCGCGCAGACAGCUCCGUGCUCUCUCCCGGCAGCACCACGGGGCCACCGGCACCACUGCUUCCUGUCUGUUUCUGUUGAAAGUUGCUUUUCUUGCACCAUUUUUAAUUUGGAGCAUUAAGUGAAUGCUCGCCCACAGUUAAAUAAAUAGAAAGCGUUCUCUGGA